GUCAAAUCUGUACAUUUAAGCACCAGGUGAUAUCAGUCUACAAAACGUUGCUUCACAGGAUGUUAUCUCCAGUGUUCCAGUGGAGUGAUACCAUAUCAGUUGAAGUAAUAGUUGAUUUUGAAUAACAUUUUCUCUUUAUUUUAGUUGUGGAUGACAGUAGUAACUGGGCAGUCUGUGGAAAGAGCUCAGGGGUAAUAUCUAUGCCAGUAGCAGUUCAAGCAACCCAUAAAGUGCAUAUGGAAGUAAUGCCCCUCUUUGCUGGAUACCUCCCUUUUCCUGAUGUUAAACUAUUUAAAUAUCUCCCUCAUCACUCUGCUCACUUUAUGCAACUUGAUGCUGAUAGCUGGAUUGAAAAUGAUAAUAUCUCUGUGGAUAAAAAUAUGGAUGAUCAAGCUGACAACAGUAGCAUAAAGAGCAGAGGCAGCAUACAUUCAACAACCAGUGCAGAACACAAAGGUUUGCCCAUGCCCCGACUUCAAUCAUUUUCCCCUGGACAGGUCUUCAAUUCCAGUUCUGGCAUGCAAAUCCUUGUCAUUCCCAGCAAAGAUGAUCACAUUUUAGAAGUCAAUGUCACAUGACGUUUCUCUGUAGAUGUGUAGAAAUAUGCACAUGAGACUUGAAUAUAAAUGCACUUUAAGAGAUCAUAACCUGAUA